AUGUUCUUCUUCGCCCUCUUCAUCGCUGCCUUGCUGCUCGUGGGUGCAGAGGCCACCGCGGUAGCCAAAAAUGCGUACAAUUGCACGAGCUUUGUGGUUCGUGUCCCGGUGGACAAUGUGACGCUUGUUGUGCCACCGUUCCCAGCUUUCGCCGACCAGUAUGCCGCGACGGCCUUUUCCAACGAAGUCAGCAAGCAGAUCACCUUCCCCGGUCCUGCGGCUCCCGUCAACCUGACAACCUUGACCACCACUUUCGACAUCAGCGCCGAGUAUUGUACACCGGUCGCGCCCGGCCCCAAGUCCACGACCCUGCAGAUUCUCACGCACGGCAUCGGCUUCAACAGGUCAUACUGGGAUUUCUAUCUGCCUGCUACUCCCGAUGAUGCACAGUACUCGUACAUCAACCGGGCGGCGGGUGCUGGAUACAGCACGCUGUCCUGGAACCGUCUCGGCAUCGAGCCCUCCACCAUCCCAGACCCAUACAGGGAACUCCAGAGCCUGGUUGAGCUGGCGGUCCUCACCGGCCUCACCGCUCUGGUACGAGCAGGAAACAUCACCGAAGUGCCCCGGCCACACAAGGUGAUCCACGUCGGUCACAGCUGGGGAAGUAUCCUAAGCAAUGCUCUCGCGGCGGUCGCCCCCAGUCUCAGCGACGGGCUGGUGUUGACGGCGUACUCCCGGCUCGUGACCUACCAGAACCUGUUCAUCGCCGACACGUCCUUCCACCUGGCAUCGCUGAACCAACCCGAUCGCUUCCCCAACAAGACCUAUUCGACAGGGUUCUUGACGUGGCCCGACAAAUACGCAAACCAGUUCUCGUUCUUCCUGUAUCCCUACUUCGACCCUGCCGUUCUGACUCGUGCCGAGGCGACGAAAUACCCUUUCACCGCCGGCGAAUUUCUCACGGCAGGCGCACUCCCGUCAGCUGCUCCCGGGUUCCAAGGCCCUGUGUUGUACCUGGCAGCCGAGGCGGACUUGAUCUUCUGCGGUUCAAACUGUACGGGUCUGUUUGGCCCAGACAGUGCUGCCGUCCAAGCCUUUAACGGCAGUAAGAGUGUCGAGACGUACAUACAACCAAACGUGGGCCAUGGAAUCAACUUGCAUAAAAACGCCACGGGCGCUUACGACGUCGUUCUUAACUGGACGUCCCGGCAUGGCUUCUGA